AUGGUGAUCUACACCGUCCAGCCCCUCAUCCCCUGUCAAAUGGAGUCGGCAACACCUGCGGGUUCCUCCGACAUUCCUCCCUUCGCACAGCCUCUUGCUCCUUACAUCAAAAGUCGCGCAGAAGCUCUUCGAAUCCGGCAGGCCUUGACAAUCUAUCUCCGCUCUCAGAUUACCUUCGUUGAUAAUGACCCUGAGCACGCAGAGUGUCUCUCCAAUUCCCAUCUUUCGCUAUGUGUCUCGGAUAAUGCGGUGUCGGAUGUGAAGCGAAUACCUGCAGAGCUUACGGGACUGAGGAAGAAAUACCUCCAGGCGUUACAAGCGAAUGUGGCUGCAAGGAAACAACGACAAUUGAUCGUCGAGAAGCUGUCUGCUGAGCGCUCCGAUGGAAGUGAGAUAGGAUUGUCCUCUCAAGACAGCUCCCUGGAAUUGCAGGCUUACCUUCGACUCGUCCGCGAUCGACGACGCCACGCAAAGCUUCAAGUCUUCGAGCAAUAUCUUCAAGAGCUGCGAAACCGCGAUACCCCUCGCCCGGAAGAUUUCGAUAAUCAGGAACGCCAGAACCAGACCGCUUUGCUGGAAGAGUUUGAAGAUGAGGGUCAAGCCAGCGGUGAAGCUAGUGCUGAUAUUGAGGAGCUUGUGCAUAAGCUAGAGAGAGCAGUCAUUCGUGCAAAGUCACAACUUGAUCGGGAAAAAAAGCUAUACGCGGAACUGAAAGCUCGCAGUGCGUUCGAGAGUUAUGGGGAGGAAGAGCCCGCCCCAGCUUUGAAAGCCGCAGCUCUCCAGGUAACCCGCAAUGAGCUUGUACAAUGGGUAGAGGAUAAGCUUGUAGGCAGUGGGGACAGUGAAGAAGCUCCUAUACAGGAGAUACCUGCUGAAGAGAUAGAGGAGUCCGCUCGUAUCCUUGAGGAGCAGAGGAUGCGGAUUAUACAGCAGUACACAGUUUACACGGAAACCCGCAAGCGCCUGUUAGAGACAGUUGCUCGAGCUUGCCAGCCUGUGUCAACAGCUUCCGCCAAGACUGCAUCGCGACCCCUAGAAGUCCGCACACCCUCCACGGAAAAGGAGUUACCAAUCGAGCCGUUGGAGGUUCUGUCCUAUGCUAGCGAUGUCCUUCACCCAAUGUCCAAGAUUCAGCGGUCUCUAGCGCUACAGAAAUUCUAUCUGUCCGGCAUGCUUGCUAAGGAGAAAAGCACCACCAUGCGCAUGCUCAAUCGUCUAAGUGACGAGAGUCACCUACUCCCUGAAUAUCCGAUCCUUGCCCGACAACCCCGUUUCAAGCAUGCGACUGCAGCACUUAACCCUCGGGAUACUGCCAAUCAAGCAGAUUCGGCGAAGGAGGACGAAAUUGUCAGAUUGGCCGAGGCAUGGGCGUUCGCAUCCUCUGCGGCUGGAUCUAACGAGAAGGAGUAUGUGGGGAAAAAGGUUGAAGAUGGUAGCGAACAUGCAGAUGGGGCGUAUCAGGAGCUAGAGAAGGUCUAUAAACUGCUGAACCAGGACCUCGAGGAGGCUCUCGAGGGUGCCCAGGAAAAGAACGACAGCGAUAUAUGGGCACAUGAAGCUCGCUCAACUAGGUCUUCAGCGAGGCUUCAGGCUGAGAAGCGCCCGAAGGGGCCUUGGACGCGCUUGAUCGGUAAUGUGGGAGUCGCGGAUUAG